AUGGAAAGAUCUGACUUGCCUUCCCUCUUAGGGAGCAGACGACUCUAUACGGAUGGAUUCUAUGAGGUCACCUAUCAAAUUUAUCCGGGGGCCGUAGCAAUUCACUGGUUUGCUCGUACUGAACUUGGAUUUCCCGAUUCAAGUAUCGACUUCACCCUAUAUUACGACACCCAAGCCCCUGGAUGGUGGUAUGUCUACUAUGACAGAGUGAUAGGAAUUCAUAGCGGUAACCCAGCUACUAUCGGCGCACAAGGUACAGGCUCUUUACAACAGCCCAUACCGUACCAGUGGACUCAGUACAGCUACGAUAAACAAGGUGCGGUUCACAAUGAUCUGAGACUGGCAUUCGAUACGAACUGUCCAGGAAGAUAUUACAUUGGCUGA